CCCCGCACUUACGGUCGGCAGCGGCGCGGGGCCCGCCCGCUGAGGGGCCGGGGACGGCAGUGCCCGCGCCCCGCCGGCCCCACGCCCAGGCCGCGCCCCUCGCCGCCACAUUGCCCAUCCCCGCUGCCGCCCGGACCGCGCCGCACCGGACCGGCUCCGGCCCGCCCCGGCCCUUCCGCCGCCGAGCCAUCACUUCCUCCGCCCCGGCGCUCUGAGGCGGGGCUGCUUCAGCGCCGGCGAUGGCCCCGGCAUCACCUGCGGGAUCGGCCCCGGGAUCUCCCCGGCUCCCGCCGUCCCGGAGUCCCGGUCCCGCCGCGCGCCGCCCGGCCGCCACAGGGCGGGUGCAGGUGGACCGGGCCUUCCCCCGCUCGCCGCGGGGCGCGCUGAAGAUCUCCCGCACGCUGGUGGCGCUGGCCGCCUUCAUCUGCUUUGCGGCCUCGGGCGCGCACGGGGCCUACACGGCGCUGGCCGGCAUGGAGACGGUGAUCACCUUCCUGUUCCUGCUGCUCUACCUGCUGAGGCUCGACGCGCGGUUGCGGUUCCUCUUCUGGCCGCUGGCUGAUAUUUUCAACUCGGUGAUUGCAGCGUUGUUCCUCCUCGUUGUGGCCUUGUUUGCAAUAAUAAUCAAGACCAACAAGGGAACAUUGGUUGGAGGAGUGUUGGGUCUUAUAUUGCUUGUUCUCUGCAUUGUCGACGCAGUUCUUCUUUGCAAGAAGAUUAGCCUUGAUAGAGGAAGAGGAAGGAGUGCUCCUGCCAAAUAAGAAUGACAUGUUAGUGAAAGAAUGAGUUCUCCAUUCUGUUUUCCCACUCUCUUUUAAAGAGUUUGUGUUUUCAUGUGCUCACUUUUGAAUUUCCUGUGCACUGAUGUUUCUGCAAGUAUCAUUCAUAAGGUUUUGUACUUUUCCAAAUGCAGUUUCAGCAUUGCAAUUUCACCAGUUAAAGCUUCGGGAAAAUUGUCGUGUUUUUCUAAACUUAAUUAUGUUUUUACCUGUAUGAAAAUUAUUUUCAUGGUUGUCUUCUUUCUCUAAUAAAAAGAAAAUACAAA